GGUAGUGGGAUGCGGGAGAAGAAAAUGGGCCGUUGGCAAGCGACGAAUCGCGAGCUGAUAAAGUAGCUGUACUCUGAAGCAGCACACUUCGGGAGGCUUUGUUACUUUAUCUUUAUUGUUGUGUAAUUUUUUUGUUUUUUGAAAGCAUAUUCAAAAAUGAUCCUCACGGUGAAACCGCUUCAAGGAAAAGAGUGCAGCGUACAGGUGACUGAAGACGAAAAGGUCUCUACAGUGAAGGAGCUUGUGUCUGAACGUCUCAACAUACCAGCAAACCAACAACGGUUACUCUACAAAGGGAAAGCUCUAGCAGAUGAACACAGACUGAGUGAUUACUCUAUUGGUCCUGAAGCUAAAUUGAAUCUGGUAAUCCGUCCCGUGGGAGAGAGGACUGCAGUUUCAGGGACAGCAGCACCAGGCGGCGGUGGUAGCUGUAGCAGCACCAGCAGUGGAAGCAGCACACAGGGAGGAGUAUGGCAGACCAUCUCCACUAUACUUGCUAGACACUUUAGUCCGGCAGAUGCAGCAAAGGUUCAUGAACAGCUUAUUAAGGACUAUGAACGUUCCCUUCGACAGCUUAGCCUCGAUGACAUUGAGCGCUUAGCGGGGAGGUUGCUUCAUCCGGAGGGCGAGGGCAUGGACACCUCAUACAUGGACUAAGAAUGCAUAGCUUGAAGCUGUUUUUUUCUAAUUGUUGUUUGAGAGACGCUCAGUGCUUUGACAUGCAUACGGUGUUCAGAGUGUUAGACUGUGAAAAAUACAAUGUCAUUUUUCUUACAGAGAGCCCCAGGGUGAGCAUGGAUAACACUGACUGUUUAUCUCAGCAAUAGGGCUUUCUUAUCUUUGAUGAGAAAACUUGGCCUCUUGAAAUUGGCCCUUGUCAUUGGUGGCACAGUAACCUCGACCUGAUCACAUAAUAUCUGAAUACAAAGGAGUCCAUUUAUGAAGCUGUCUUCACAUGAUCUCUGGCUGCUACAAAUUCCAGGGGACACUAACUUCUAAUGGAGGGUAUUUAUUAGUAAUAUUUGGGUUGCGUGAUGACUGGGUGUUUCCUGUUAUAACCAUCUGUGCAAAGUUCAUACAUGUUUUAUUCUGUAACUUACUGAUGGCCAUUGUAUGUAAAUAACAUGUUUAUAUAUAUACAGAUAUUAAAACACAGGAAGAAAAAAAAA